ACACACAUGCACAUCGGAAAGCCUAUUUUAUUAUUUAAUAUAGAUAAUCCAUCUCUCUAUACUUGGACUUUUGAAGGAUGUUGGGUAAUCAUGUCCAUUUGUUGACUGGCUCAAAUCAAGAUUUGCAGGAGAAGGCUGCGUUCAUUCCAUAUCAAAGAUUUCAAGAUGCGUGAAUUAAAGAACACUCUUGAUUUGUGAUCUUUCUGUCUAAAAACUGGAGAGACGAUCGACUUAAAAAGAUGAUCGAAAAGGCAGAUUCUAAUGGUUCAAAGAUGAAUAAUCACUUGUCUUGCAGGAACAUUAUUGGUGAGGAUGAGGUUGAUGAUGAAAACAACACCAAAUCAAGCCAGAGCUCAGGGAAUAACAGCAUGGUGGAUCAAGUGGAGGGUGAGAAGAAAGAUGAAUCCAUUAGAGUAAGGCCAUAUGUAAGAUCUAAGAUGGCUAGGCUUAGAUGGACUCCUGAUCUUCAUCUCACUUUUGUUAAAGCCGUGGAGCGACUAGGUGGUCAAGAAAGAGCAACCCCUAAAUUAGUUCUACAACUGAUGAACAUCCAAGGUCUUAGCAUUGCUCAUGUAAAGAGCCAUCUACAGAUGUAUAGAAGUAAGAAGAUCGAUGAUCAAGAUCAAGUAAUUAACCGGGGAGAUUAUUAUGCUGGGAGCAACAGUCAUCUUCUUCACAAUCUUUGUCAACUUCCUGGGCUCGAUCAAAGGUUGUUUAAGGUUAAUUUAAGCCAGAAUUCUUGGAGCAACCAUGUGAUAUCAAGACCUUCGACAAACAAUAUGAUUAAUGCUAGAAUAGAAGAUCAUGGAUUGAACCAUGGACGCCAAGGAGACUUUAACAUGAACACUAUAAUGAACUAUGGGGCAUAUUACAUGAGAAAGAAACCAUCCAAUGAGGAUGAAAAUUGCAAGAUUGCCUGUCAAGAGGUUGAGAAGGAUGAAACUUUGACCAACACCAGGUCAAGUCUGAUUGAUCCUGAAUUCAUGAAUAGCUUUGUUAAUACAAAGAAGCGGAAAGCCCCACUUGAUGAAGGGCUUGAUUUGAAUUUGUCAUUAAGCCUGAAAGGAAGUAUGACUAGGGAUGAUGAUGAAGUGGAUAGUGCGUUGUGUUUGUCUCUACUUUCUUCUUCAUCAAAGAAGGAAAAAUACUAUAAGGAUUAUGGCAUGGAGUCUUCCCGCAACCUGUUAGAAGAAGGUCAACUCAGAAAGAAUCCAAGAAUGUCGAGUACUCUAGAUCUGACUAUAUGAAUUCGAGAAUUCUAGUGAGAUCUUGUUGGUACUCACGUAAUUCGUUAGGGUUUUGUAAGGUUUCUUGAUUGUUAUUGUAUUUUGGAAAGGACCUCUAAAUGUUAAUUCAAAUUUCCAGGACACGAAUUAAUCUUCUCUCUUUUGUAA